AUGCCUCCACCAGCUGCUGUAAACAUCGAUGUCGCUGCUCAGGCGGUGGACGACAACUCGGCCUCUACAACUCCGGCCUACCUUACUGUUUUAGGAGUGGACGAGCUGAGGGCAAACUCUGUGUUUUCUGGUGGAAUUGCAGCACUAGGAUUGAGCGAUGCCUUCAAGAGCAAGAGUAAUACCAAAAAGCCGGUGUCUAAGGAUUUUACUUAUCGGUUGACAUUGGAAAGCAAGUCCCGGCAGGUUGGUGCUACUUGCGUUAUCCUUAGUGGUGGAACUUAUGCUAAUGUUGUACCACAGCCGUCGCCGUUGAAACAAGCAGCUCGAUAUCUUUCGAGAGAAGGAAUGAUAUCUCUAGGAGGCGGUCUCCCGUCGAGCGCCUAUUUCCCAUUUGACCACGUUAGCGUUGGGGUCCCCGGUGACAACCUCUUUUCGGAAACGGAUAUCCACGAAUAUGCACAAAAAGUCACUAUCGGAAUGCACGAUAUGAGGGAAGGGAAAUCGGCAUAUGACCUUUCUGUAGCACUAAACUAUGGCCAGGGCUCUGGAUCCCCGCAGAUGGUCAGAUGGGUGACCGAGCAUACUGAGAUUGUACACAACCCUCCAUACCAAGAUUGGGCCUCUGUGAUGACAGUCGGAAGUACGUCGGCAUUCGAAAUGUGUCUUCGGUCGUUCUGCAAUCGAGGAGAUUACUUUAUUGCAGACGAAUAUGCUUUCUGCAGUGCAAUCGAAGCAGGGAGAGGCCUGGGCAUCGAGGCUGUAGGGAUCCACAUGGAUUCCGAGGGUAUGAUUCCGAGCCACUUGGAUGAAGUUUUAAGCAAGUGGGACGAAAAGGCGAGGAAGGCACCAAAGCCGUUUUUAAUCUAUCUUGUUCCAACGGGACAAAACCCAACCGGUUCGACACAAGGUACUCAGCGAAGGAGGGAAAUAUAUGCACUAGCGCAGAAACACGACUUGAUUAUUAUCGAAGAUGAGCCGUACUACUUCUUACAAAUGGACAAAUAUGUUCCGGGGGGCAAUCAGAAUUCGGCAGCGCCCAAGAGCCACGAGGAGUUCCUUAAGAGCCUAACACCGUCAUACCUUUCCAUGGAUCCGGAAGGCCGCGUUAUCCGACUGGAUUCUUUCUCUAAGGUUAUCGCUCCGGGGUCGAGGUGUGGUUGGUUAACUACCUCGUCAAAAAUUUGUGAGAGGUUGAUGAGACAUAAUGAGGUUACAGUUCAAGCACCUAGUGGGUUUUCGCAGGCGAUACUGUUCAAGCUACUUGAUGAACACUGGGGUCAUGGUAAAUACCUUGAUUGGCUAGUCCAUAUUAGGAAGGAAUAUUCUACCAGACGGAAUAUUAUGUUGGAAGCUUGCGAAAAGUAUAUUCCGAAGGAAGUGGCGACUUGGACACCCCCUGCUGCGGGCAUGUUCUUGUGGUUUAAGAUCAAUAGCGAGAAGCACCCGGCACACGGAAAGAAGGCUUCAACAGCGAUUGAGCAUGAUAUAUUUGAGGCUGUGGUUGACCAGAAGACUUUGUUGGCGAAGGGUAGUUGGUUCUUUGCAGGGCCAGAAGGCACGGAUCCUAGUGUUUACUUGAGAGCAACUUUUGCUGCUGCUGAGGAACGCGCUAUGGUUGAGGGUAUUAGACGAUUUGCUAGUGCUUUGAGAGUGACAUUUGGUCUUCCGGCAUUACAGGAGUCGGCUUAA